UAAACUACAAAUGGUGCCGGAAUAUCGCACUUGAACUUGCAAAGAUGAGCAUGCCCACAACUGCACAGGAAGAUCCCCGUGUCCGACGGCGGCGUCAAAAUCGUGAAUCACAGCGCCGGUGGAGAGAGCGAUAUAGACAAGCUAAACCCGACGACGCAAAAAAACCAGAGAGUACACAACCUGGUGCCGACGAGGCGCUGCUUGACACAACACCACAUAUAUCAGACUUAGAGUCAAGACCUCAGUCAAAACACUCACUGGAGCUGCCGGAUCACAACUGCUACUUUGCGCAACAUACAAGUUGGCUUCCGGAUCAGCCGCUGGGACCGUCUGAUGCUCACGUCUCCUGGCCGCCGAUGGAUGUCAACUUCUACCUCCAGCAAGGCGAGGGCUGCUCCUCGACUCACAGCCCGAAUAACGAACUGUCAGGAGAUAUCUCUGCCAAUGGCUAUCUAAAUCGUGCUGACGAGGCUUCAAUACAAGCCUCGCCGGAGUAUUUUAUGUCACCGCAAAUUCGAGGCCAAUUUUCUCACUUUCCAUCUGCUGGGACAUGCCACCCGUCCCUGCUCACAUCACCUAUAUCCUCAAGUUCUGCAAGCCUCGGCGCAGUUUACGACCUAGCCAAUACUGGUGGCCGGUGCAAGGAAUCAGAAACAGCGUCUCCGGCGGUUGAGACAAUCCGGGACGUUCAAUUACUUUACAGUAUCGGAGUGAAGGCGGGUUUCCUGAAGCCGGACGACAAAGUAAAGUACUAUCUUGCGGCCAUGAAGCGGAUAUAUUGCAAGGCUCCCACUCUAAUGGACGAGGACGAUGAAGGGCUAAGCGGGAGCGACAUAGAAGAGUGGAGUGAUGAAGCGAUGUCGGAUGGGGGUAAGCUGGCCUUGCCUCAUCAAUUUUAACAAUAGAUAAACACUGUAGGUAACACGAUAGAAAGAAUAAAUAUAUACUCUCAUUGAAA